AAUUAUUCUCACGACUCAUUACUUCAGUCCUCCAUGACAUCCACGCGAGCCAAAGACUUCCUCACUAAAGAGUUGUUCAUCAAAAAAAAUGUGGUCACAUUCCGGUCCUUGAGUCGCGAGCUCGGUAUUCAUGUCAAUGACGCCAAGAACGAGCUUGCCGCAUAUCUUGCGGAAACAGCAAACACCGACACAGCAUCAUUCGCGACGUACCUGGUCUCUGGUCAGAUCGCUCCACUAUACAGCAGUAGAAGCCUGGUUGAUGCAAUGGACUAUGGUGACGAUAUGCACCAAUCUGUAAUGCGCUCGAAGAUAGUUCUGGUGGACUCCGAUGGGCUGCGGGAUGCGAAAGCACAAUUCACCCGUAUUCAUUCUGUGUAUAUAUACAGCUUGUCGCCCUCAGUCUUCCGCGACGCUGGUUUAAUCUGCCACCCGACGGUCAGUGUCCGGGAUAAAGACGCGAAGGGUAACCCCGCGGUCAAUGGGAAGAUAAUCGGUGUACACGUAAAGACCAGGAAAGGACUACCUAAAAAUGCCUCUGCAGCAUCAUCUUCAAAGACAACAUUAGAUGCGCGGAAGCCAGUCGUCCCCCAGCCUUCCUUUUUCCCGCGUAAGUCAGAGCAGAUGACAGAAAAGGGUAAGCAGAACGAAGGGUCGAAGGACAAGGAGCAUGCAAAGCCACUUGCUGCAACGAAAGAACAACCCAAGCCGACUGGGAAACUGGAUUGGAGUAAGGGCAAGAAUAAGGAGCAGGAGACCGCAUCAAGAGCACACGUUAAGGAGAUAGUCAAACCUCAACCGGAGCUGGAUACUAAAACUUCGUCGUAUUCGGCAAAGUUAGCUGAUAAACCGUCGGGCAAUAGUAAUGUGGGUCUGCAAUCAAUGACGAAGUCUAUUUCAAAGGUACCUGCAGUCAAGCCAAUGCGAGCUACUAAACGCAAGUCGCCUGAUCCGUCAGACUCGGAUGUCGAGGUCGAAGACAAGCCUACGCCUAAAAACAGGAAGGUGAUCCCUUCCGCAACGAGUAUUGCAAGAGCGCAAAAGGGUGUCAUUAUGUCGGAUGACGAGGAUGAGGAAGUCCCGACCAAGUCACGUAAGAAGAUUGUUCGGACUUCAGACUCUGAGAGGAGCCUUGCGGCGAUGAUGGAUAUUGAUGAUGAUCAAGUUGUCAGAGUGUCCCGCUUGUCCUCCCAUCGCCCCAACGAUGUAGUAGACGAUACUGGUGACGAGAUGGACCAAACUGACGUUGAUGCUAUGAUAUCUAGCCUCGGCGAGGAGGAGGAGGAGGAGGAGGAGGACCUCAAGCCGCAGGUUAAGAAGAGGAAAUCUAGGAAAGCGGUCCCCGUCGGACACAAUGGUUUGAAGAAACGUCGUGUUGCGAAAAGUCGCACCACCACUGAUGCCAAAGGCUACAUGCAAACGGAAGAUUAUUCUUCGUACGAAUCCGUCAGUGAAGAGGAAGCUGUGCCCGAGGAUGCAAAGAAGAAGAAAUUCAAGAAAGUCGUCCCCGUCGGGAGCAACGGUUUGAAGAAACAUCGUGUCAUGAAAAGUCGCACCAUCACUGAUACCAAAGGCCGCAAACAAACGGAAAGCUAUUCUUCGUAUGAAUCCGCAAGUGAAGACGAAGUCGUGCCCGUGGCUGUGCAGAAGAGGAAACCUAAGCAAGUUGCCCCCGUCCGCCGUAUUAUGAAAAGUCGUGUCAUCACUGAUGCUAAAGGCAAGAAAAAAACGGAAGAUUAUUCUUCGUAUGAAUCCAUUAGUUCAGAUGAAGCUGUGGAAGUUGUCCCUGAGGAUGUGAAGAAGUCCAAAGGCAAGAAAAAGGCAGAAUCGAAGUUGAAGGAUGAUGCAGGGGAUAAAUCGGUACCAGCUAAUUCAAAGAUCAAGGAGACGAAGUCUUUACGCGGGACUAAAGCCAGGGCUGGGAAGGGACCGCAACGUGGUGGCCUUUUGAAUUUCUUUGGACCUGACAAGUCUAAGAAAUAGCGGUCAGGUUAUGAUAGUGGGCAGGGCCGGCAGGCGAUGUUUGUAGUUCUUGUCUAGUUACAAGUACUCCAUGGAUUAGAUAUCUCCAGGGUGGGAAGAAAAACCAACGGU